AACGAGAGACCCGAGCGACGGUUGAUUGAGGCGCGACAAACGUCCUUCUUAACACCGCGAGCAGCGUCCACUGGCCUGCGGGUGUGCUGUGGUUUGUUUAAUCGGUUUUAUCGAAACAGUUUUGGUUGGCUAAGCUGUAAAACACACCCCUCCCGUGAGGAGUAGACUGAGCUCAGACAGGAGUUUGAUCAUCAGCAUCCGCUCCGCAUUUUUACGGUGUGCUAACUACCUAUCCGCCUCCACCCUUAUGGAUUUUACUGUACCGUAGUUUUUUUAAACGACACAUUUGAAUACUCGAUGCUUGUUUGACUAGGAAGCUGUAUUUUUUAUUAGACGGGUGAGGUAAAUACAGAUGAUCACACACAUGUAGCCGUUGUGAAGCUAGCUGAGGAAGUGAGUGGACUGUUACUUUUCCAUCCCUGUUUGGUGGAAGGAGUCGCUCGUCUUGAUGAUUCACUGUUAUGGAGACGCGAAAUGCCACAUAAAGGCUGAUCUCUGCCUCUUCCAGAGAGACUAAUAUCUUCGCCAUCAUUUACAGGAUUACUUGGAGCUGUCUGCAACUGUAUAGUUAAAUGAGUUAGCUGGGGUCCGAUCAUCCACAGCUAGCCCAUUAGUCAACUCCCCAAGUGAUUCGUUUAGUACAAUAUUAAGUUUAUGUCGUGUCAGUCUUUUUUUUUUUCACCGAUAGUCAUUUAGAUUGCGUUUAGAAAAUGUCCUUUUUCAAUUUUCGGAAGAUAUUUAAGCUGGGCACGGAGAAGAAGAAGAAACAAUAUGAGCACGUUCACAGAGACAUCAACCCAGAGGAGGUUUGGGAGAUCGUGGGAGAACUUGGGGAUGGAGCCUUUGGAAAAGUCUACAAGGCUCAGAACAAACAGACCGGGAUCCUGGCUGCAGCUAAAGUGAUUGAUACCAAAACAGAAGAGGAGCUGGAGGACUACAUGGUGGAGAUCGACAUCCUCGCCUCCUGUGACCAUAAGUACAUAGUCAAACUGCUGGAUGCUUUCUAUUAUGAGAGCAAACUAUGGAUUCUUAUUGAGUUUUGUGCUGGAGGAGCAGUGGACGCUGUGAUGUUGGAGCUGGAGCGGCCAUUGACAGAGCCUCAGAUCAGAGUUGUGUGUAAACAUACACUGGAAGCGCUGGCUUAUCUCCAUGAGAUUAAGAUUAUACACCGGGACCUGAAAGCUGGAAAUAUUCUCUUUACCUCAGAUGGAGAUGUCAAAUUGGCUGACUUUGGAGUGUCUGCAAAGAAUACAAAGACCCUUCAGAGAAGAGACUCUUUCAUUGGAACACCAUACUGGAUGGCACCCGAGGUGGUGAUGUGUGAGACAUCAAAGGACAGACCGUAUGACUACAAAGCGGACAUCUGGUCCCUGGGGGUGACUCUGAUCGAGCUGGCACAGAUCGAGCCGCCUAACCACGAGAUGAACCCAAUGAGAGUCCUGCUAAAAAUAGCAAAGUCUGAGCCCCCCACACUUGCAACUCCAUCACGAUGGUCUCCUGAGUUCAGUGAUUUCCUGCGGAAAGCACUGGAUAAACAUGUAGACAACAGGUGGAGUUCAUUGCAGCUCUUACAGCAUCCAUUUGUUUCAAAUGUGAUGGAUAACAAACCACUGCGAGAGCUGAUUGCUGAGGCUAAAGCCGAAGUGUUUGAGGAGUUUGACGAGGGCAAAGAGGAAGAGGAGGAAGAAGAGCCAGAGUCCCAGCCGGUGGUGCCUGGACACAAACGUGCAUUAUCGGACACCAGCGUUGGCAGCUCAGAGGAUGAGAGGCAGUAUCAGAACACACCAACUCUUGAGUCGGUCACAGAGAAGGCUGAACCUGAAAGAAAGCCCAGUUCAGAGGAUCAAGCUAGUGAUAAGACCUCUGACGUGGUGGACGCCAGCGAACCCAACCAUGCUAAGGAUGAGAAGGUAAAUGAGGCCAGUCCAUCAGACACCAGCACUGAGGAAUCACGUUCUGGUGAGGAGGCUAUUCCAAAACACGAAGAAUCUCACACACCUGUGACCACAGAAGUAGAGAUUUCUGAUCAGCCAAAUCCUUCAGUAUUAAAUGACACUGUCCUCCAAGAGAUUGUAAUCGUCAGUGAGGAAACUGGGGAGGAAGAAAAGAAGGAAGUGAAGGUGGAAGAGCCACCAGAGAAGAAAAAAGAAGAGUGUAAAGAAACACAGCAAGAAGCCAAAACACAAACCACCACAGAUGAAGAAGAGGAACCUUCCCUGCCUUCAGAUAUAGCUGAACCAGAGAACAAAUCUGAUGGUGUUACUGAAGAAGCUAUCACUGAACCAAUUGAGGUUACAGAAAAAACUGAAGACAAAAUUGAGACAGAGGAAGAAAUGCAUAAAAAGGAACUAGCAGAAGAUGAGAGAACAGUACCCUCACCACAUGUCCCAACAGAAGAGUUAAAGGAGGAGCAAACUGAAAUUUCACCAGAUGUUUCUACAGAAGGGGUAAAGGAGGAUCUUCCUCCAGUGGCAACAGAGGACCAAGAAAAAGCUGGAGAUAAGGGUGAGAGUUCAGAACCCAAAGACGAUCUUGCAACCAAGGGGGUAGAUGUAGUUGAGGGCAACUCCAUGAAUGAAUUCCCUGUUGUUGUCAUCAAUGGUGUAAAAGAAGAGGAGGUCAGCGCAACAGAAGAAACUCAAGAAGCCCAUGAAGAUAGACUAGAGAUCCAGGAAGCACCUACCGUGCCUGAGAAUGACCAGAAUGCAGAGGUAGCGAAACCUGAUGUUGAAAAGGAGAAAGACUCUGACUCAGGCAGCAGUUCUGCUGCAGAUACUAACAGCAUUGACAUUAAUCUGUCAAUCUCCAGCUUCCUCUCCAAAAGCAAAGAAGGAUCUGUUUCAAUACAGGAUACCAAGCGCCAAAAGAAAACACUGAAAAAGACCCGCAAGUUUAUGGUCGACGGGGUGGAAGUCAGUGUCACCACAUCCAAGAUUGUCACCGACAAUGACACCAUGAGUGAGGAACUGAGAUUUUUGAGGCGUCAGGAGUUACGAGAACUGAGGCUGCUGCAAAAAGAGGAGCAAAGAGCUCAACAGCAGCUCAGCAAUAAACUGCAGCAGCAGAAAGAGCAGCUCUUCAGGCGCUUCGAGCAGGAAAUGAUGGGGAAGAAACGUCAGUAUGACCAAGAGGUGGAGAACCUUGAGAAACAGCAGAAACAGACCAUAGAGCGUCUGGAGCAGGACCACACAAACCGGCUAAGAGAUGAGGCCAAGAGGAUCAAAGCAGAGCAGGACAAGGAGCUCUCCAAGUUCCAGAACAUGCUGAAGAACCGCAAAAAAGAGGUCAAACAAGAGGUUGGAAUGUCCCCUAAACACUUGAGAAAAGAGCUCAUGAAACGCUUAAAGGAAGACCUAGCAGUCAUUCAACAUGAAGAGGAGCAAGAGUUUCUCCAGAGGCAGCAGCAGGAGCUGGAUGGAGCUCUGAAGAAGAUCAUCCAGCAGCACAAACUAGAGAUCGCCACUAUUGAGAGAGACUGUCUCAACCACAAGCAGCAGCUCAUGAGAGCUCGGGAGGCAGCCAUGUGGGAGCUGGAGGAGCGCCACCUGCAGGAGAAACACCAGUUGCUGAAGCAGCAGCUGAAGGAUCAAUACUUCAUGCAGAGACAUCAGCUCCUCAAAAGGCAUGACAAGGAGAUGGAGCAGAUGCAGGGUUAUAACCAGCGGCUGAUAGAGGAGAUGAAGAACAGGCAGGCACAGGAAAGAGCUCGGCUGCCCAAGAUCCAGCGCAGUGAAGCCAAGACCCGUAUGGCGAUGUUUAAAAAGAGCCUGCGGAUCACUGGAACAGGAACACCAGAGCAGGACAGAGAGAAGAUCAAACAGUUUGCCGCUCAGGAGGACAAGAGACAGAAGAAUGAGAGACUUCAUCAGCAUCAGAAACAUGAGAACCAGAUGAGAGACCUGCAGCUGCAGUGUGACUCCAACAUCAGAGAACUUCAACAGAUGCAGAAUGAGAAAUGCCACCUCCUGAUUGAGCAUGAGACUCAGAAGCUGAAGGAGCUGGAUGAGGAGCACAGUCAGGAGCUGAAAGACUGGAGGGAGAAGCUUCGUCCCAGGAAGAAGGCUCUGGAGGAAGAGUUCACACGUAAACUGCAGGAACAGGAAGUCUUCUUUAAGAUGAGCGGAGAGUCUGAAUGCCUCAAUCCCACCACCCAGAGCAGAGUCUCUAAAUUCUACCCCAUUCCCAGUGUGCACUCCUCCGGCUCUUAAUCUUCACUGAGCUUUAUCUAAAGUGAAGAAGAGCUGUUCCAGUCAAGAGCUCAUUAGCCUUUUAAAGGUAUGAGAUCAGAAUAGAUGCAUGGGUUGAUAUGAAAUUCCAAAAUACCUGAAAGUUGGAAUCUAACAGUGAUGAAGGACAAACCUCAUGCAUUACCUAGACAUGCUUUUUUGCCACAUUGAAUCCAAUGGAUUAACACUUUAGUUUUCUGUAUGUUGUCUUCUGGUCACGUUAAUUUGUGCUUGAGACAUUAGCACAAAUUAGCAAUGAAUACUCUCAGGCAAUAUCUUGUCUUUGAGGAAUACUUGCAUGAGAAUGCCUUAAUGAGGGUCACAUGAUGCCCAUAACAAACAAAAUAUUGCAAACAGAAAAUACCACUUAAAUGGUGAGAGGUCACAUUUAACAGAACACGUGGACACACUAGUCACUGUUACACUCAAUUCUCUAAAUGUUCAAGUUGCACAGCUAGUAAAUGAAGCUUCAGUACUGUUUGGUCUUGUAGCAGCUGUUAUAUGUUGUAUUUUUUGAAUACUCCUGUGAAUCUGGCCUAUUCUGUUUUUAAUGUCCACGUAAAGAUACUUUUAAAACAAACUACUCAUUUUAACUUUUUCUUUUACUAUUUGACUUAUGGUUAAAUAUAUUUGCAGUCAAGGAAUGUAACCCGCAAGAUGACAUUGCACACUUUAAAACAAAAACAUAUGCAGUAGUGAUCUCUUUAGUGCAUUAUGAAGGAAAUAGUGCCCAAAUAUUUGUAUACAAUGAUGUCAUUUCUCAUUUGGCAAGUCACUUUGUGGUCCAGAGUACCCGAGUUUAUUUUUUUAUGAGCAAAUUAAUUUCACAUAUUAGAAGUCAUAGCCUUCUUGAAUGUUUCAUAUAUGGUGUUAAAAAGUUAUUUAUGGAUUUAACUGAAGUUGAACGCUUUUAUUGUUAGUUAUUUUUCAUGUUUCAUCAAUAUAUAAGGGCAAUAUGAACUUGCACAUGCUAGAUGGUUUAUCUGAAGUUUAGAUUUUCUUUUUAUUAAAGGACACACACUUUGAUAGAUGUAGAGUAGUGUUUAGUCCAUUGCAGUCUGCAAAAGCGUUUCAGUGGGAAGACAUGAACAUUUCUCGCUGUUGCUGAGGACUUUUCAUCUGAUUCAAGCUCUAUUUUUGAUAACACGUUUUGUGCGAGAAAUUAAACACCUGUAUCUUAUCCAUAAUAUGACAUGCUGUGCUCAUACUUUUUGCAUGCUGAAAGAAAUCCCAAAUGCUGUAAUUUACCAGAGACAUUCAUUUUUUUAAUAGACAAUGCAUUUUACAAAGGCUGGUUCUAAAAGUUAGUAUUUGCACAAACAGUGCAUUACACAUCAGGAUACUUGUUCAGAGACAGAAAGAAAGGGCCGAUAUCCCAGUGUCAUACUGCUGAACAGUGACCUUAACCUCCUGCAGCACUUUGAUGGAAUAUAGGAUGCAUUUUUUAGGUCAAUUUAUGUAUCUAAUCGCUUGUGUCCAUUGGUAUACUGUAAUAAUGCUGUAAAUAAAACUCAUUGUAUUUUCUUUGAUUUGUUUGGUGUUUUUUGUAGCUCAGUAUCGAAACCGUUUGGGUAGGAGUAACAUCAUACUCCAUUCUUUGUUACACAUUCAGUGGCUUUUUACUUGUAAUAAUAACUCACAUUACAGCACAUGGUCUAAAAAAAUCUCAAGUGUUUAAGACCCCUUUUUUAGUGUACCAUCCAUGUUACUUUU